AAUCCGAAAAUCAUUUUUCGUUGACACGUUUUUUGUUCCUAGAAUGCUACCGCCUUUUUUCUUUGCCAAUGGUCAAAAUAGUCCUCAGGUAGAAUUAGGGCAGGAUUAGUGGGACAACAGAUCUCCGGUCUGCUUCUCUCUCGACGCCGAUCAAUGCCUUUUUUCAUUCCCCUUUUCUCACAGCUCACAGCUCUCUCUUGCCGUUUCUCUUCCAUUCCUAUGGAUUGGAUUUGAUGCCCCAAUCUUCAGUUCAGAGGGGUUUAAGUGUGUUUCUAUCUACCUCUAAGGCAGACAAGGCUGUGACAAUUCGUACUAAGCAUGAAAGACGAAGACGAAUUCAGCUUCUAAAACCCUAAACCCUACUUAUUUCACACUUUGUAAAGAAGGAGUUAUGGACAACACGAAGUUUUACCAAACAGAUUGCGAUGCGCUUUUGUCCCAAAUUAAGCACCAUGAGAAGGACAUUCAACUCAAACGGAGGUGGUUGUUGGGGCUUCCUACAUCUAAACAUGGAAGGAAGAAGUAUGAAACACCCAAAUUUUUACAAAAUGGGUCACUGCCUGAAUCUUUUCUUAGGGAAGACGAUAUAUUCUAUGAGACUGUAAAAUCAUAUGUUUUGGAAGCCUUUGGUCAUGCUGGAAGAAGUUAUCCUGUUGUUCAAGAUGACUUGGGAUUGUCUGAUAUGCCCUGUAUAUCAAGAGUCAUUUUGUCAUGCCUUGAUGAUUUGACCAAUAAGGGGCUUUACCUUCUUGCUACAGUACUAACUGAAGGCCAGGUCAGGUUCGAGAAAACUCGUUGGAAGAUGAAAAAGGUUAUUAGAGAAUCUCUUCAGAUGAUUCUUGGAAGCCAAAAUCAUAAACAUUAUCAAUCAGAAAUUUCUUCAAAGAUACUUCAACGUCUCUCUGACCCACAAAGUUUCCGAAAUAAUUGUGUGCCAUUUUUGACUUCCAGAUACCCAACUCAUCAUGCUGCCACUAGACAAGUAUUGGAUGGACUAGAGGACUUGCCAUUCCAAACCUUGAUGGCAAUGCAUAGGAAGCUAAGAGGGUGGCAACAAAAUACACCUCAAUUACAGCCCCGCAAAAGUGGAUGGAGUCGAGAACCUCUAAUUAAACAAGUUAGGAAAACUGGUGAGAACAUGCUUGCAGAACUUCGUAUAGGGGAUAAACUACAGGAUCCAUUAGCCAAAGCUAUGGCGGUAGCAGAUUUAUCAGCGAAGCUGACACCUGGUUUUCAUAAUUCCUCCACAAUGGAGUUUCGUGAAUUCUCACCAAAAAUAAAAAUAUUGCAGAAUGAGAUAACUAAGGCUAUUUGGUUGGUUAGCACAAAGGUUGGAACACCAGAGCUGAGAAAAUUACAGCUUGUGUUGGAUCCAAAUUCCAAGAUAUCAAUCAGGAGCUUACGAACAGCAAUAAAGAAAAUGUUAAUUGAAUAUCUUUUUGAGUGCAGUGAUAUGGAUACUAUUCCAAAGUCACUAUUGGAAGCUGUAGCUAUUAUCAACAAGGAUUCUCGAAGUACACCUGAUGAUUCCUUCCUGAAGGAUGAAAUUGAAGAAGAGGUAGAAUGUAUAUUGAGUGUGAGUGCCCACACGAAGCAGGUUUUUUGGGAUUUGCUGCCUGACCAUAACUUUGAUCUAGAUUUCACUGAUGCAUAUAUGGAGGAUUUGCAAGAUAGUGAUGAUGAUUACGAUGAUGAUGAUGAUGAUAGUGGACUACAUGAAGAUAGAAUCUCACAAAAUAGCAGCCACUCAUCGGAUUCAAAUGAUCAAGUUGAAAGUAUUGGGGAUUAUGUACCAUGUGAUACUGCUAUGACCGUGGAUGACUUACAUGUUGAGGGGCUCAAACCCAACUUAUCCAGUGAAGUAGAUUCCUUGAAUGUCCAUGAUACUAAAAAAGAAGUAAAUGAUAAUUUUCUACCCAGAUCCAUUGAUCAAUUGGAUCCAACAGAUGCAACACAUUUCUUUCCUUUUAAGCUGUCCUUUAUGGAGCCAAAGGGUUUUAAUGGCAAUAAAACCUCAAAUUCAAACCAGUACCUUGCAAUACAAGAUGUUUGUGACGAGACAAGCAUGAUUGCUUAUAAUCUCAUUGGUCAUAUGUUGGAGAAGUUUGCAUGGACACAAGGCUUGGAUUUAGACUGGACUGAAAAUUUUCAUCUGAGGCAUAAGUUUCCAGACAGAGAAGAUGCUCAAGUUGCAAGAGACGAGCAAACUAGACACAAGGAAAAUGAUGGCUUGGUAACCAUUCGAUUAAUCAAGGAGCUAAUGCCUUCUCUUCCUAACAGUGUAAUAGAAAGGUUGAAGAAGUUGAUGGACUUGUAAGCUCUGGGGGCUCCUCAUUUGUAGAUUUUUGCAUUCUUUAAAUUACACUUGGUCUCCUCAAGCAUUAGUGUCCAAUAGUUGAGGAUGCAUUCAUUUUGUGGUUGUCAUACAAGAUAGGGGCGGUGGAGGUUUGGUUCGAUUGAUUUUUUGUAUUUAUUUUUUGGCAAACCAAAGCGAAUCAAUGGUAAAAUCAUAUUGAAAUUCGGUUC